GAGCCGGGCUGCCUCCCGGACUGGCACAUGCUGUCCCUCUUCGGCGUCGGAGCCGUGCUCAUGCGCGGCGCCGGCUGCACGAUCAAUGACAUGUGGGAUCGCGACUAUGACAAAAAGGUUGCAAGGACAGCAAGUAGGCCCCUGGCAGCUGGAGAUAUCUCCACUUUUCAGUCCUUCGUUUUUCUUGGGGGACAACUUAGCUUGGCACUUUGUGUGCUUCUCUGUCUGAAUAACUAUAGUAUUGUUCUGGGAGCAGCCUCAUUGUCUCUUGUGAUCACCUACCCUCUGAUGAAGAGAAUAACAUAUUGGCCACAGUUAGUUUUGGGACUUACAUUUAAUUGGGGAGCCCUUCUUGGCUGGUCUGCCAUCAAAGGGUCAUGUGAGUGGUCUGUGUGUUUGCCCUUAUACUUAGCUGGAGUAAUGUGGACACUGGUGUACGAUACCAUUUAUGCACAUCAGGAUAAGAGGGACGACAUCAUUAUCGGUGUGAAGUCAACAGCAUUACAGUUCAAGGAGGAUACGAAGCAGUGGCUCAGUGGCUUCAGCCUUGCAAUGCUCCUGAGUUUGUGCGUGGCAGGAAUGAAUUGUAACCAGACGUUCCCUUACUACUCGUCUGUGGCUGCCAUAGGAGCUCACCUAGCACACCAGAUUUAUACUUUGGACAUAGACAAACCUGAAGACUGUUGGAAGAAAUUUGCUUCCAAUCGUACUGUAGGAGUUCUGCUCUUCACAGGGAUUGUGCUUGGAAAUCUGUGGAAACAAAAAGACUCAAAAAAUGUAGAAGAGCCUUUAGAAAACAGGUAGUUGAAAUUGCUGUAAAUACUGAUAUUUUAGUGCAGCUAAAAUGUAAGUACUGUAAGAAGGAAAACACUUU